AUGCAACACCUAAAAAUCCUGAUUGUGGCGAUGUUUGUGAUGUUUAUGACGAUUUCUCUCAAUAAAUUUGAGUUUUAUGAAAAGGUUAGUGUUUUAUUAAUAAUAAAUCAAUAAUGGAUCAAUUCAUUUGAAGAAAAAAUGAAUUUCGCGACAUUUUUUGUCGCGAAAUUGCAAUUCGUGAAACGACACGAAAUAAACACAAAAAUAAAGGAGAAACAUUAAAGGGACACGUAAGCGCUGCAAGACCCAACACACGAAAAAAGAAUUUCCUCUUUUAUUUUAUUAAUUUCGUGUCGUUUCGCGAAUUGCAAUUUCGCGACAAAAAAUGUCGCGAAAUUCAUUUUUUCUUCGGAUGAAUUGAUCCAUAAUAUUUGAAUAUUUUUGCAGACUGAACCUCGAAAAUAUUUGACAAUUGAUUUCAAAACUUUUGAUGAAAAUGGAUUGGGAGAUAUUUUGUUUGAAGUGUUGGCUUUGUAUGGAAUUGCGAAGCGAAACAAUCGAAUUCCGUUUAUUGAAACUUCGAGACAAUUUAUUGUUGAAAAACGACUAAACAACACUUUCCCUGGAAUUUUGGCCAAACUUCAUAAAAUGGAAAGUAAUAUCGAUGAAAGAAUUGAGAUAAUUCCAUUUCAAACAACUUGCUGUUCUUAUAUCAAACAACGUUUCAACAAUUCGAUUGAUUUUUUGAAAUUGGAUGGAAUGUUUUUUCAAAGUUUCAAAUAUUUUGAUGAAUUUCGUGAUGAAAUUCGAGAUUUAUUGAUUCCUCCAAAGAAAUACAUGGAAAUUGCACAAUCUUAUAUGAAAUCAGAGGAUUUCGAAUCAUUUAAUAUUUGUGCUCAUAUUGAAAAUAAAGAUAUGACUGAUAUUCGACAUGAUUCAACAAAUUCAACUUUUAUUAUUGGAGCAUUGAAUUUAUUGAUUGAUACAUAUAAAUGUGAACAUGAAAAUAUUUCAAUUAUUUUAAUCGGAAAUGAUGAAGAUUUUGCAACAACUGAAAUUGUUUCGAAAAUGGAAAUAAAUAUGAAAAUUCUUCCAAAAUCGGAUCCGGAAAUAUAUUUAGCAUUUUCGAGAAAAUAUUGUGAUGUUGUUUUGAUUUCUGCACCAUCUUCAACAUUUGGCUGGUGGUUUGGAUAUUUAUCAAAAACUGGAAAUGCUGUGUAUUAUCAGGAUAUAAAACAAACAAACGAUAAGAUUGCUAAAAUUAUGAUUCAACAAGAUUUUUAUCCAAAUUAUUGGAUUAAAUUGAAAACUGAUCAAUUGACUGCAAAAGUUCGUCGUUAUUGA